UUUCAGCAGAUUCAGAACGUCGCGUCCACUCGAGGAGAGCGAAUGUGUUUUUGUUCCGUUGUUGUUGUGUCCACACCAGUCGGUAAUUGUUCGUCAGGCCGUUCGCGAUUUUGUUUAGAGCCACAAAAGAGUAGUAAAUUGUUACAACAGCACCAGGCAACGACACUAACAAGUGGAAUUUGUUAGUUGAGUGCGCGUCGUCGUCGUCGUUUAGAAGAGCCUGUUUGUUUCUUCCUUUCGUCGCGGUGCCUUGACCACCAAAAAAUCCAAGCAAGCCAGUCUUUUGUUGUGCAUCAGCCGAAGAACACGAGGUGAAGAAAGAGAGAAGAAACCCCGAAAGGAAUAUAUUGGCAAACGCGCUAGCAAGCGAGAGAGAGAGGGAGCGAAAGGAAGCAAAAAGAGCGAAGGAGUUUCCGUCGAGUGUUGUGGAUCCAUCCUAGCAGGCCAGCACAGGCUUUGCCAAAAGUUUCGAGUUCAGUGUGCGUCGUCGUCGGCAAGGAGAACAAACUUGUUUUGUUCUGGAAAACAACUCGAAAAAAAAAUCACGAAAGUCGUGAAUGUGCGUCGUGUGUUUGCGUGUGUGUGUGCGCGCGUGUAGUUCAAGAACACAGGAAAUCUACACUACCUGAAGUAAACUGAAAAUUCCUGGUAGAGAGAAUUACCUGGAAGCAGAGGCCAGCGAAGGAGCGCCGAAAGAGAAGAACACGAAAAAAAAAAACGGAAGCAGCGUGUGGAAAAGAGCGAAAUCGAUUACAAAACAACAUCGCAGAACACGAUAAUUAGCUCGCUGGAAUUGCGCAAACCGGCAGAACCUAACCUAGCGAACAAGUAUACAUAUUACUCGAAAGAGAUCGUGUGUAGUGUGGUUUGUAAUUCUCGUAGUGUGUUUGGAAAACCGCAACCGUAGUGUGACAAAGUACAUACAAGUACCUGUAGUGAAAACAAAAAAAAAAAAAUCUGGCAACCAGUAAAUAUCAAAGUACUACAACACCACAAACAAACAAAGCAAACAGUUUGCAACCAAAAAAUUGCCCAAAACAACAACACAACAUUAGCGAAAAAUGCUGUUUGAAAGUCCCGUCGCCGCUGCAAAAAUGUUCCCCUACAGUGUGCCUCCGCCGAUACAAGGUGCAGCUGCGGUCCCGGUGCAAAAUUUAAGAUUGCAUGGAACUACCUUUAGCGCCGGAACCUUGGACACAUCAGGUUUGCUCGAGCAUGACCUACACAAUGCCCUGGUGCCAAUCAAAACGGCGAGCCUCCUCAACCCGCAGGCCACCGCGGCCGCAGUCGUCGUGCAACAGACCAGAGAUCAACAACAGAUACAGCAGCAGCAGCAACAGCAACAGCAGCAGCAGCAGCAGCAGCAGAUUCAACAGGAACAGCAACUGCAAGCCAACGGUCAGCUGGCGUCGCUGGUUAGCAAUGCCGCCACCAACACCAAGGCCGGCUCUAUCAACGGUGGAGGAAGCUCGUCGGGUCGGUCGACGCCGAACAGCACCAGCGAUCCGGCGCCGGGCAAGCUGUUCGUGGGUGGACUCAGCUGGCAGACGUCGUCGGAGAAGCUGAGCGAGUACUUUGGCAUGUUUGGCAAGGUGACGGACGUGCUGAUCAUGAAGGAUCCCAUCACGCAGCGAAGCAGAGGCUUUGGAUUCAUCACAUUCCAGGAACCAAAUAGCGUAGACAAAGUUCUCAAAGUGCCAAUCCACACGCUGGACGGGAAGAAGAUCGACCCGAAGCACGCGACGCCGAAGAAUCGCCCCAAGACGCAAUCGAACAAGACGAAGAAGAUCUUCGUGGGGGGCGUUUCGCAGGACACAUCGGCCGAAGAGGUGAAGCAGUACUUUAGCCAGUUUGGCAAGGUCGAGGAGACGGUGAUGCUGAUGGACCAGCAGACGAAGCGCCACCGUGGCUUCGGGUUCGUGACGUUCGAGCACGAGGACGUCGUGGAUCGCGUGUGCGAGAUUCACUUCCACACGAUCAAGAACAAGAAGGUCGAGUGCAAGAAGGCCCAGCCAAAGGAAGCGGUGACGCCGACCGCCCAGCAGCUGCUCCAGAAGCGCAUCAUUCUGGGCAACCUGGGACUGCCGAUUGCGGCACCGACCGCAGCCCGCCUGGUGGGAGCGGCCCAACCCGCCACCGGCGCGACUCCGCUCAUGAGUCAGCUCGCGAACCCGCUGAUGGUGCAGGCUCAAGCUCAGGCCGCCCACGCGGCCGCUGCUCACGCUGCCAUGCAAAUGCAGAAUGGCAUCGGAAAAAUGUUCACCACAUAUCCCCCGACGCUGCACAGCUUCAGGUACUCGCCAUAUCCAAUGCCGUCGGCCGCAGCGACCCACGCCGCAAACAUGCACGCUUCGGCGGCAGCUGCCAACUCACUCUCCAACGCCGCAGCGGUCAGCCAACAGCACCAGCAGCAUGCCGCAUCGAUGCAGUCCGCGGCGGCGGCGGCCGCAGCCGCAGCAGCAUCCGCUCAACCUGCCCAAAACCAGGGAGCGCCCCAGCAACCCGCGCCGGGAACGGCCGCUCACCACCACGCCCAGCUAAUGCCGGCCGGUAUGACCGCCGCCGCCGCGGGUAAUCCCUACCAGGGCUACAGCCUGGCCAACGUCGACAUGUCCGGCUUCCAGAACGUCGACUGGGGCUCGAUGUACGGCAUGGGAAUAUUCCAGUUUCCCGAGGCGCACUGCUGAAAAUAGGCGGCGGCCAACAGACAAAACUCUGUGUGAUAAUUGCGUAAGUGAUAAAGACAACGCUCCGCGUUUCGGGGUGGUUCGCAGCAGCAUGACAAAAAUAAACACCUGGCGGCGUCGAAAUUAGCUACUUAAAACUGCAAGAACAAAAUAAUUGUGUACACAAGACUGCCUAGUUUGAGUAAAACGAACGAAUAUCUUAGUUAGGUUUUUAAGUUUAGUUUUGGUAGCAUUCUUGGGAUUUUAGUUGUCCACUGUGAAAGUAGUGCAUAUCAUUUUAGUGUAACGUUUUAAUUUUACGACAAGCGGCAGCGUAACAGUAACACCAGAACGAGACAGUAUUUGCUAGGUUUAAUAUCUCCGCUAGGUUGUUUUAUAAGUUGAAGUUUUAAUUUGAGCAUUUUUACUUAUUUUAGAUCCCUUAGAAAAUAGCUUGUCUUGAAACGAGCCGUAACAGUGGUGUGAUUCGGGAGUGGUGGAUCGGAAGUUGUGCAUGCUUAAUAUUUUCGUUUGAUUUUAAAUGUAUUUCGGUUGUAUUUUUUGCAUUACUUAAAUUUCAGUAAACAGCUUUACAUCAUCCAUCAAACAUAAAUAUAAAUCGAAUAUUUAAGAAUUGACAAUAAUUAGAAGCUCGUGCUAAGGUCUUUUCUAUGUGAAUUGCACGAUAUUUAUUUUCUUCCAAAAUCAUUUUAUUAGUAGAAUAAUCCGUUGAUCAAGGAAAUAAACACUCAAAAUGUUGUAAUAUGCAUUUUCCUUAAAAAAAUCGUAGUUGUUUUCUGUUUUGUUUUAUCUAAACAUUUUUUAAAAUAAUUUUUGGUGCAUCUUUCUAUCGCAUUGGUUCCAAUUAUAAUUUGAUAUCAGACAAUUGAUACUCAAAUCCCUCAUAUUUCGUCGAAACAGAACCAGAAUGAGAAGUAAAAUUCUUCUUCUUAUUCUAGGUAAAAAUUUCAAUUUUUGAGUGUAAAUUCCGUUCACUCUUAAGUGCGUCUAAGUUGCGUAAAUUUAAAGAAAUUUUGUGUAAAAUUCACAAAACUUUGCCUAUUGUAAAUUAGAAUUUUCUUAGUUAAAUAUUAAUCAUUUCGUCAAAUUUGAGUUAAAAAACAUGAAAUCAGGCUCUCUAAAUGAUCAUGUUCGUUAAUUCUAAACAAUUUUGUUAAGCGCUUUAGCCGCUCUUGAUUGCCGUCUUUACAUUUAUUAUUCAUCCUGUCUAUUCUCAGCUGCAUAAAUAAAAUCUUAUUGAAAUGAAUCUUUAACAAAUUAAAUCACAAUUUUGAACAUCCCGGGCAGACGGUAAAAACAAAGUGCAUGCCAUUUCAAUAACAAAUACUGUUAAAAUAACAGAAAGUGUUAUGGAAUCUUCUUGAAAAAACCAUUUUUGCAUAAAGGUUUAAUAACAGUUUAUGUAAUCAUAAUAAAAUUUGGUCUGAUAUUGGUUGAAAGCCAAACAACUUUGGAAUAACAUUUUUUGUUAUGGAAGAAUACCUCCAACUGUAAUUGGGAUGAUCGGAUUAGUUGUCAAAAUAACAAAAAAUAAUAACAAUGAUUUGUUCGAAGGAUUACUAAAAACGUUUUUAGUCUGUUAUUGCAAUAACAAUCCAAUAACAAAAAAUAUAUAACGACGAAUAACAAAUCUUGUUAUAAAUAACAUAAAAUGUUAUUUUGAAAUAUCAAAAAAUGUUAUUCCCAGGUUAUUUCCGUCUGCGCGGGAUUUCAGUUGACUUAUGCAACUUAUUUUUAAUCUCUUGUAUAUUUCAAAAAUUGGUAUUUUUAUUCAAUAGAACUAUUUUUGCAAAUUGUGAUAAGAAAAGUGUUUUGCUAAUUUUAAUGGAAAAUUAAGCGGAAUUUCUAAUUAUCAUCUUGAUUUUUUUCUAUGCAACUGAGUGUAGACCCGAUAGCUAAACUGCUUGAGAGCUACUUGAACCGUGUGUAAUGUGUAUCUCGUGAUCUCAUCAAGUCCUAAAAAAAGUCAAAUUUCCCCCUCACCCUAUUCUCGGUAUCGAAUGCUUUUACGUUCACGUGUACCUUAGGAUUAAAACUGAAUUUCAGUCUGCUAAAUUAGGUCUUGUUUGUCAAGCGGAAAUCGCAAUCGAUUUCCUCAAGCUUUUCCAGAUUUUUAGUUGUUCUGAAAUCAUUCUUACAUACCGGUUUGUAGGAUUUGGAAAGAGAAGUGUAUUAACUUUUUAUUUUUCUGUUUGUAAUCAUACUUUCUACUGUCCGAACUCCAGCGUUUGUAGUACUGCAAUGGUCAAAAGCACCGAAAAUGUUGCAAACAAAAUCAAGCAUGAAGAAUUUUUUUUCCUGACAUUCCCUUUACUAUACCGAUAGAUUUAUUUUGACGUUUGAACAGUUAGUUGAUGUAUAUUUGCAGUUUUAUAUCGAUUAUAUAGUAGUUAGUGUAUUUUUAACUUCAAGUAUUGACUGCAAACCCUCUGUAUUAUGACAAUAUCCACCGUUUUACUCUCUUAUGUUACGUAACCAAAUAGUAAUUGUUCACACCUAAUCGUAAUAUCAUUACAAUGCAUUGUUACACACUUAGGAGGAUGACAAGUGAAGCUAAAUUAAACAUAUCCCUUUCAUUAAGCGAGUAUAAUAAUCAAAAAAAGUAAAUCACUUUAGAGAGCAAACAAAAAAAAACAAAGAGUUAUAUAUUCUGAAUUAGCGCGAUGUUUAAAAACCAACGUUCUUCCAUAGGCAAGUAAAAAGAAAAAAAAAGUAAGUAAUAUCGAGUGAAAACAGAAGUUUAACUAACGCAAUGCAAAGCAAACAAACAAAAUAAGCAUAUUACGCCAAGAGCUACGCGUGCGUAAAUCAGCCGCGCGCACGCUUAACGGCUAAUGAAAUGUGAUCUUUAAGAGUACCAAUACAUUUUAAAAUCUUGAAAGAAACAGACAAACAAAAAACACAAUUGAGAGAAAUCAAAAACACACUAACUGCUAUUUAGACAAAGCAAAACACAAAAAUGCAAACUCUGUUGAGACGUCAAAAUAGUGUCAAUCUGCUCUGAAAACGAUCAGUCGAAGGUUGAAAAAAUUCUCUCUCUCCGACAGAAUGCCGGUUUCGUGCUUUUUCGCUCUACGCGCGAGAGCAGAGCGAAACCUCAAAAGAGAGCGUUUCUGUCGCGGAGAGAGAGCAAGCAUAAAAUUGUGAGUGAGAACUUUGUGAACUUUGAUUUUUUAAAAGGGUGGCCUGCUCCGAUUGCCAAACUGUGUAACGAAAGCUGCAAUAUUUUUCGCUUAGGACAAACUAUUUUUUCUCUGGCGGAUCGUUUCAGAUUAUAGAAAUCGCCGCCAUUCUUGUGCGAGAGCACAGUUGUUGUUAUCGUGUGUGUAUUUUGAAGGUGUUCCUCUCGCGCUCGAAAGUGGGUAUUUCAGAGCGCAAGAGAGUGGAACACCGUUGUUGACAGCUGUAUUUAGUGUGCGUUAGGGUGAUCAAUGUUGAAGCAAAACAUUAGAAAUAUACAUUUACUUAAAAGACAAAAAAAGCACAAGAAGCAGGAGAAAUCAGUCGCGUGGACCAAGCAAAACUGAACGCAAAAGCAAGCGAUACGAGAUAGAGAACAAUCCCCUGGUCUUGAAGCAAUCUUACUACACAAAUACAUUACAUGACACAAAUAUAAAACAAAGUUAAAGAAAAACCAGAGCUUUUGUGGCCAGGACAAACGACAAAUAGUCGCUCGCGAGCCAAGAGAGAGAAUCAAGCAGUAGGAGUUGGUGAAGAAACUAUGAAAAUUAUCCCAUCGAAUUUUGAAUUUUGCGGUUUUGAUCAAUUUUAAUACAAAAGUAGAGAAUAACCUAUCAGCAAAAAAAAAAAACACAUCGUGUAUGUUAAAUAAAGAAAAAAUAAAUAAA